AUAUUGUGUGUUAUAUAGUGGGAAGUCACGAAACUGACACAUAGGCUCGUAGCUUGUACAUUCUCUGAACACGUAUAAUGCCAUAUACUGAGGAAUAUAUAAAAAAUAAACUAACCACAAAAUUGAAUGCUUCACACGUGUGUGAACACAUAACAUCGCUAUUAAAGUACCGAUUGUACUUAAUUUAAUCGGUCAGUAUAAGAUAAUUUUGAGAAAAUGCUACGUUGGUCUAUACAAGUAGUUCACAUCUUUAUUUUUGCACUCAUUGUAAGAUGGUGCGUUACUUAUCAUUCGCACAGUGGCCAAGAAAAACCUCCUAUGUACGGAGAUUAUGAGGCUCAACGACAUUGGCAAGAAAUAACUUUAAAUCUGCCUGUUGAAAAAUGGUACGUCAAUACGACGGACAAUGAUCUUGAAUAUUGGGGUUUAGACUAUCCUCCGUUAACUGCGUAUCAUAGUCUCUUAUUAGGUUAUAUCGCUAAUGCGACUAAUCCAUCGUAUGUUAAAUUACAUAAAUCUAGAGGAAUAUCUUCUUCAGACCAUAAAUAUUUUAUGAGAAUGACUGUUCUUUGUUCAGAUGCUAUGAUCUUUAUACCGACAAUGAUAUGGUAUGUUAUGAGUCUGCAAACAAUAAAAACCGCUCAAGCAGAGUACAAUAAUUUAUUUGGUUUUGAAAAGAAAGAUUUUAUUCUUUUAAGUGCAUUAAUUUAUCCUGGAAUCAUACUAAUUGAUCAUGGUCAUUUUCAAUAUAAUUGUGUAUCGUUAGGAUUUUUUGUAGCUGCUGUAACUGCUAUUUUAAAUAAUUCUUUUAUUAGUAGUUCAUUUUUAUUUGUAUUAGCAUUAAAUUAUAAGCAAAUGGAAUUAUAUCAUUCUCUGCCUUUCUUUUUCUAUAUACUUGGAAAGUGUAGAAUUAGUAAAACUAAAUCUUUGCUAUUAUCGAUCUAUAUGUUAAUUUAUGUUUCAUUAAUAGUUAUAAUAACAUUUACUAUUAUUUGGUUACCUUUCCUUAAAGAUUGGAACACUUUUUUACAUACGAUUUUACGAUUAUUCCCAUUUAACAGAGGAGUAUUUGAAGAUAAAGUUGCUAAUGUAUGGUGUACAAUCAACGUUCUUUAUAAAUUACGUAAUAUCUUUACAAAUGAACAAUUGGCACAAAUCUGUUUGGUAAUAACAACAAUUGCUGUUCUACCAAUUUGUAUUAAUUUGUAUAUAUCUCCUAAAAAAGAAAAAUUUAUAAUUUCUCUCAUAAAUUCUGCCUUAGCAUUUUUUUUGUUUUCUUUUCAGGUUCAUGAAAAGUCUAUUCUUUUGGUAGCGAUUCCAGUGUUACUUCAUUUUCAUAAUGAUCCUUUAGCAUGUUUUUGGCUAUUAUUAAUUUCGCAUUUUAGUAUGUUACCAUUAUAUAUAAAAGAUAAUUUAUAUCUUGCUUAUUUUGCAACAACAAUAUUUUAUUUUGUUUCUAUCACUUGGAUGUGGUCAGAUCUAUUUAUCUAUACAAAUUUAUUUGAUAAACGUGAAACAAAUUCAUGUAAAGCAAAACCAAAUAAUCAGAAAACAUCAAAGUAUAAACCCAAUUGCAAUAAAUUCUUUUUUAAUUUUAUAUUUAACUUAGAGUAUUAUUAUGGAUAUAAUUUCAUUAUAAAAAUUUUAUUUUAUAGUUCUUUAUUAGGAAUACUAAUUUUAUCCUUUUGUAUUCGUUAUUUAAAACCACCUGAGAAAUACCCAGAUUUGUUUGCAUUAUUGAUAUCCAUAUAUUCGUGCAUUCAUUUUUUUAUUUUCUUUCUGUAUUUCUGUUAUAAACAAUUUAUAUUUAUAGAUAAUAAUUCUACAACCAAAUUAAAAAUACAUUGAAUCAUGUUUUUCAAUACAAUGUAAUUGUUUAUUUUUUUUUACUUAAUGUUUUUUAUAUGAUAUAAAAAUAAUACUGUAUAAAUGGUAAAAUUGUAAUUUCUCAAUACAAAAAAAUAAAUCUGCAGUUUAAAUAAAGUAUA